CAAAGUCUAAUCGUGCCGCAGCAUCUAGCAGACUUACUUCUUUAGCGAAUAUGUUUAAAAACGUUACAAGUGCAGUUUUCCGUUCUUUUACUAGACCAAUGAAUAACAGCCGCUUAUUGAGUUUAACUGUUGCCAGAAGAUCGUCUCUGGAUGAUCAUUUUAAACAGAGUCAAGAUUCUUUAAAUAAAGUAACAGUAGAUGUUGACAAUGACACAAAAUUAAAGUUGUAUUCGUUAUUCAAACAAGCUACUAUUGGUACUUGUAACGCUCCUAAGCCAGGAAUGAUGGAUUUUGUUGGUAAGGCGAAGUGGGAUGCGUGGAAUAAAUUAAGAAAUAUGACAAACGACGACGCAAAGAAGCAAUAUAUAAACGUUGUUGAGGACCUUCUAAAGCAGAGUGGUGCCCAAACUGAAGCAUCCUCUUCAUCAGAUCAAUCAGCCCAAGGUCAAGCCUAUGAUGGCUUGUCUGUAAAAAAGGAUGGACAUUUGAUGACCAUAGCCUUUAAUAGACCAAAGAAAUAUAACGCUAUCACCACCAAGAUGUAUGCCGAUUUAACUGAAAUUCUGAAUACGGCUGCCAAAGACGAUUCCGUUAGACUGGUCGCUUUUACUGGAGUAGGGUCGUACUAUUGCAGUGGGAACGAUUUAAAUAAUUUUAUGGGUGUAGAUCCAUCUGACAUUUCGAAGAUUGCUAAAGAAUCUGGCAGUUUACUCGAAAACUUUGUUGGAGCUUUUAUCAACUUUCCGAAGCCGUUGAUUGGUCUUAUUAAUGGUCCUGCCAUUGGAAUUUCCGUUACCGUUCUAGGCUUGUUCGACACUGUGUACGCUUCAGAUAAAGCCACAUUUUCGACGCCGUUUACAGUUCUAGGCCAAACCCCUGAAGGAUGUUCGUCUUUUACUUUCCCAAGAAUUAUGGGUAAUAGUAAAGCUACCGAUGUACUUAUGUUUAAUAGAAAACUUACGGCCGCCGAAGCUGAAAAGUGUAACCUUGUCUCCCAAGUUUUUCCAUCUGAGAGUUUCGAGACGGAAGCCUUUGAAAAAGUCAAAGAGUACUCUUCCCUACCUCCACAAUCGAUGAGAUAUCAGAAAGAUUUAGUAAGAACUUUCGAUAGAGAACAAUUACACAAGGUGAACAAGAUGGAAUGCGAAAGAUUGGUCGAAAGAUGGCAAUCGCAAGAAUGCAUGGAAGCAAUUGUUAAUUUCUUUACUAGAAAAUCUAAAUUAUAAUAAAAAAGAUAAAGUUUAUUAUUUUCAAAUUGAGAAACAAAAAACAAAAAGUUAAAUAUAGAAAGAUUAACAGGUAAACAAUAAAGAUUAAUUUGCAUAAUAGCCCUCUUGAUUACAUAGCAUGUUAAUAUGAUUGAAAUGAUAAUUACUUCCUUUACAUUUUAAAUUAAUAAAAUAAUACUAAAUAUAUUCUAUAAUUGUUAUAUGCAUAUCUUUUAUUUCAAUAUCAAUUUAUAUAAAAUCAUAUAGAAAGUAGACUUUUUUCAAUUUUCAACUAGUCAGUCUUAGGACUUAACACCUAAACUUUUCAAUAGAUCUACCGCUUCUUUAUGAGCCUGGAAAGAAUAAAAUAGAGCUUCUAUUUCUAAUGUUAAUUAAUGGAUAUAAGUUUAUAUUUUCUUACAUCUUUAUCAUCUGGAGUUUUUACUGGAUGAUCUCUAGCAAGUAGCAAAUAUUCUUUAGCUUUUUCAUAAUUCUUCAUUCUAUAGUAUGUCUUUCCAAUCAUUAGACGAUUCAUACUAUAGAAACUUGGAUCAACUGUAAAAGAGUUAAGUAAACGAGUAUUAAAAAGGAAAUUAAAGAUACGAUAAAUACAAAUAAGUUUUAGGAGUAUUGUAUAUUAUAAACAACUUCUCAUAUGGCUAAAUCUUAAAUAAGUAUAAUGAUGAAAUGUUUGCCAAAUGGAUAUACGUCGCAUAAUGUAUGACAUAUAUUUUUAUUAAUAUAUACACCUAUAUACAUUAUGUAUAUAUAUACAUUUAUAUAUAUAUAUAUACUGUAUGUAAACAUACAACGAUUCCUAACUUACGAGUCUCUGGCUCAAUUAUAUCUGAAACUAUUAAUAAAGUAAAGUAGGGAAAGAGAG